GGCCACGGACCGCACCCAAAAGCGCACCUACACCCACGUGGUGAAGGACGAACUGGGAGCGACGUGGGAGACCGUGAUUCGGAUUUGCAUCCUGUUUGGCAAUGCAGGGAUCCUGAUCGUAUUUAUCAUCGUCAUUGGAGACAUACUUGUGGGGACUACGGAGCUGCGGGGUCUCAUUCCCGCCCUUCUCGGCCCGCGCACCGUCGGAACGCUGCUCAGCUGCCGUUGGUUUGUGAUGCUGGUGGCAACGCUGGCGCUCAUUCUACCACUUGUCUCUCUCAGGAACAUCAGCAGCCUCGAAUUUGCCAGCACCACUGGUGUGGCAGUGGCUGCGGCACUGAGCGUUCUUGGUAUCAUCCUUUCGACCAUCGCUGUGGCUUCUGGGGGACUGUCUGACGUGGAAUGGUGGAUUCCGAAGGGAAGCCUUGGAAUGAAGCUCAUUCCCACCACCUUCGGGGCUAUAUCAACAUACGUCUUUGCCUAUUUUGUUAACCAAGAGCUCCCUCCACUGAUGGAGGGUCUGCGUGUAUACACUAGGAAAAAUGCCAUGACUGCUACCCUGUCCGCCAUGGCCCUGUGCUUCGUCAUCCACGUCCUAGUUCAGGUGCCCAUGUACGUGGCCUUCGGCUCCAACACAAAGGGUGACAUCCUGUUGAACCUCACGCCGGCGGGUCUAGCACCUCUCAUAGGUGCAGGAGCUGGCGAAUUCGUUGGCGAUGCCGUGCUCAUAUGCUACGCCAUAAAGGUGAUCGCCAUCUUCCCCAUGAUCAAUUGGCCCCUGCGGGAGAGCCUGUCCGACUUCAUAUUCCGCACGCCGCGGCCCGAAGGCUGGCGCUUCUAUUCGUGCACCUACGGCAUUCUGGCGGUAGUCUACCUCAUCGCUGUCUUCGUCAGGCGCGUUACUGUGGCAAUCGACUAUGUGGGCAGCACGGCGGGGGUGGCCAUCGCGUUCCUGGCGCCGGCCUUCAUGAUCUACAACGAGGCUGGCCACAGGAAGGGGUCCAAGAUUGAGGCAGCGGUGUUCCUGGCGAGCGGAAUUCUGGUUUUCCUGAGCACCUUCUCGAACAAUAUAUAG